AGCGCGGUUGGCUCAGCCCGGCGUUCCGCCUCAUUCGCUAAGCAGGUCCAUGAAUUGUCAGCGCGCUUCGGGCGGCUGUUGAACCGAGGCGGCUACUGGGCUUGCCUUUCUCCGUUUGAGGUGCCCGCCCGAGCCAAUGUGCUUGGGUCCCCUGGGGAGAGAGCAGACGCCGAUUCGGGGCAACUUGGGAUUCAGGAUCCAGAGCAGGGACGUCGAUUUGCCAUCGGGACUCGGCGAGGAGGAUGGAAAUCCUGUAUGAAUGUGGAAGCCACUAGCAGAGUAAUUGCUGUCUGUUACCAUGACAACCAGCCGCUGCAGUCACCUGCCUGAAGUCCUGCCAGACUGCACCAGCUCUGCUGUGCCCGUGGUGAAGACUGUGGAGGAUUGUGGCAGCCUAGUGAAUGGUCAGCCACAGUAUGUCAUGCAAGUUUCAGCCAAGGACGGGCAGCUGCUCUCAACAGUAGUGCGGACUCUUGCCACCCAGAGCCCCUUCAAUGACCGGCCAAUGUGCAGGAUCUGCCAUGAAGGCAGCAGCCAAGAGGACUUACUCUCUCCAUGUGAAUGUACGGGGACCUUGGGGACAAUUCAUCGGAGCUGCCUGGAGCACUGGCUGUCAUCCUCAAACACCAGCUACUGUGAACUCUGCCACUUCAGGUUUGCAGUCGAGCGCAAACCCAGGCCGUUAGUGGAGUGGCUCAGAAACCCAGGCCCCCAGCAUGAGAAGCGGACUCUGUUUGGAGACAUGGUGUGCUUCUUGUUUAUAACGCCCCUGGCCACCAUCUCAGGCUGGCUUUGCCUGCGGGGCGCUGUGGACCAUCUGCACUUUAGCAGUCGGCUCGAAGCCGUCGGACUGAUUGCACUCACUGUUGCACUCUUCACUAUUUACCUCUUUUGGACACUAGUGUCAUUUAGGUACCACUGUCGAUUGUACAACGAAUGGCGUCGGACCAAUCAGAGGGUGAUUCUCCUCAUUCCAAAGUCUGUCAAUGUACCUUCUAAUCAACAGUCCUUGCUGGGCCUCCAUUCGGUCAAGAGGAACUCAAAGGAGACAAUUGUUUGAUGCUUGUGUGGGUGGUUGAUUGAUUCAUUGUUUGGGGUCUGGAAGUUUCUGCACUGGGGCCAUGCACUGAGCCACUCCUAAACCCUUCCUUAAGCCUGUGGGUCUAAGAACUGCCAGAGAUGCAUUAGUACAUUGCCCUGAGCAACGAACUCUGCCGAAAGAAAGCAAAUGCUGUUUUACUUCAAAUCAUGGAUGCUGCAAUCAUAUGAUAUUUGCUAAGCUGCCAAACAUGUUUAUUUAGCAGAUACUGUAUGGAAUUUUCUGAACACCUCUUUAACAUAUGAGGAAGGUGGUCCUGCUAAGGAUGCAAUUCUUCCUUUUUUAUUACUAUUUCAAAUAUAUAUAUAUAUUAAACUUAGACAAUAAUCAAAAUCGAAAAACCAAUGUAAAAACUGGUUUCUUGGUUUGAAUGGGUUUUGUUUUGGCUAGUUUAUUUGUUUCCUGGUUUCUACUGUAUAUUCUUCGGGGCAAUUUGAUAGCUUGAGUGGUCUUUUUCAUCUCUUUCAUGUUUCUCCUCAAAGAGACAGCAUAUGACUUCAGAACAAGUCAGAUUGGAAGGAUGUUUUGUAUUAAACCUCAUCUAAUUAUUCCAUUUUUAAAGAAAAAAAAAUAGGUGUGGCAACUCUCCACACAGUGAGCUGUUUAUUUAAAUACCAUUAAAAAGGGGGAAAAAAAAUUAUGGUGAGAAGCACGCUCCUGUCAACUUGUUUAGUACUGACAGCUGAUAGAAGCUAUUUUCUAAUAAUAAAUAUACAGUGUGUAAAAGACAAA